AUGAGGCACAAAUCUCACUAGCGAGGCCUAAAACGCGAGGGGGUAUAAAUACAUAGAGUCUCCACCGAGUCAGACUCAGCUUUACCCCCAACGCUAAUCAACAAACAGCAAAACCCUAGUGCAAAGUGAAGCUACUGCAACUCUUUUUCUAUAUCUAAAAUCUCAAGAUGCCUCCAAAAUCAGCUAAAGCUGCGCCCGUUGAGAAGCCAAUUCUCGGUCGCUUCUCUUCUCACCUUAAGAUUGGAAUCGUUGGAAUGCCAAAUGUUGGCAAAUCUACUCUUUUUAACACGCUCACUAAAUUGUCAAUACCGGCUGAGAAUUACCCUUUUUGUACUAUAGAACCUAAUGAGGCCCGAGUGUACAUUCCAGAUGAACGGUUUGAAUGGCUUUGCCAAAUGUAUAAACCAAAAAGUGAGGUAGCAGCUUUUCUUGAAAUCCAUGAUAUUGCUGGGCUUGUUAAAGGUGCUCAUGAAGGUCAAGGACUUGGGAACAAUUUUUUGUCUCACAUCCGUGCAGUUGAUGGCAUUUUCCAUGUCUUGCGUGCUUUUGAUGAUCCCGAAAUUACCCAUGUUGAUGACACUGUGGAUCCGGUGAGGGAUCUAGAGACCAUAAGUCAAGAGUUACGGCUCAAGGAUCUUGAGUUCAUGGCAAGAACUAUUGAGGAUGUCGAGAAGAGCAUGAAGAGGAGCAACGACAAGCAAUUAAAAGUAGAGCAUGAAGUGUGUCUGAAGGUCAAAGCUUGGCUUGAUCAGGGAAAGGAUGUGCGCUUGGGAGAAUGGAAAGCAGCCGAAAUUGAGAUAUUAAAUACUUUUCAAUUGCUCACUGCUAAACCUGUUGUGUACUUGGUAAACAUGAAUGAGAGAGAUUAUCAGAGAAAGAAGAACAAGUUUCUUCCCAAGAUUCAUGCUUGGGUUCAGGAGCAUGGGGGUGAAACUAUGAUCCCUUUUAGUUGUGUGCUAGAAAGGAAUCUUGCUGAUAUGCCUGCAGAUGAAGCUGCAAAAUACUGCGAGGAGAAACAGUUGCAAAGCGCACUACCAAAGAUCAUCAAGACUGGAUUUGCAGCUAUCAAUCUCAUUUACUUUUUUACAGCAGGCCCUGAUGAGGUUAAGUGCUGGCAAAUUAGGCGUCAAUCAAAGGCUCCGCAGGCUGCAGGAACAAUUCAUACUGAUUUUGAAAGAGGUUUUAUUUGUGCUGAGGUAAUGAAAUUCGAUGAUCUCAAGGAACUUGGUAGUGAAUCAGCAGUGAAGGCUGCCGGGAAGUACAGACAAGAAGGGAAGAUGUAUGUGGUCCAAGAUGGAGACAUAAUAUAUUUCAAAUUCAAUGUAACUAGUGGAGGGAAGAAAUAAGAAAGCGUUACUACUGAAAUAGAAAGAUUGAAUCUAUAAUUACAAGCUUAAUUCCUAUGAGAAAAAUAUACAUGUUUUGUAACAUUCGCUUGUAAGUUGUAAUACUUGAUUUUCUUACUAAGCUAAAUCAUGUUUGUUUGAUGUGAAAUUUAGAACCUAUUCAA